AUGGCAGACAAGAUUCGUCGGUUGGGUAACCUCAGAGGGGUUGCUACUCGGCCACGCUGGACAUCGGUUUCCCGCGGUCCGAUGUGGCGUCGUUUCUACAACUGUAUUGACAGGCGCACUUUGAGUCUGGUGGUUGCUACAGUCGCUGGCCUGGCUGGCUAUGGUAUAUCGAGAAUACCGAGCGGUAAUGCGAGAACACCAGAGAGUAUCGUUGCUAUUCUGGAUUCUGAGCGAAUACCCACGGUCAAAUACGCGACGUUGGAAGACAUGAAAAAGGCCAUAGCCGAAAUAGAACACGCACUCCAUGAUACCGAAGACAUUAUCUCAACUGAUGAUGAAGACCUCAAGGUGCACGGGUUCUCAGAAUGGUCAUCUGUCAAACUCGAUACCUUGCCCAUCGCCGUCGCAUACCCGCGGAAUACGGAGCAGGUCAGCACAAUCGCCCGCAUCUGCCACAGAUGGAAAGUCCCCAUAAUUCCGUACAGUGGUGGCAGCAGCCUGGAGGGCCAUACUGAUGCACCUUUCGGUGGCGUGAGCAUAGAUUUUGUCUACAUGGACCAGAUCAUCAAGAUUAAUGAGAAUGAUAUGGAUGUAGUGGUGCAACCCAGUGUCCAAUGGGUAGAUUUGAAUCGAAAGUUGAAACAAACGGGCAGAGACUUGUUCUUUCCCAUGGAUCCCGCUCCCAGCGCAAAGAUCGGGGGAAUGAUCAGCACAAAUUGCUCGGGCACCAACGCAGUGCACUACGGUACAAUGCGCGACUGGGUCAUCAAUCUAACCGUGGCCCUAGCUGAUGGCAGUGUUAUAAAGACUCGUCAACGACCUCGCAAGUGUAGCGCCGGAUACAACCUCAACUGGCUCUUCGUAGGCUCUGAGGCAGCCACCAAGGUUAUCCAGAAAGGGAUCCCCGUUGCAGCCCUCGAGCUUAUGGAUGAAGCUCAGAUACGCAUCUUGAACGAUGGGGGUGUGACUCGCCCACGUGUAUGGAAAGAAAAGCCGACUCUUUUUAUGAAGUUUUCUGGGUUCAAGGGUAUGUUGAAUGAGACUAUUGAAAAGGUCAAACGUGUUACUGGUGCUUAUGGCUCGAACGGCUUUGAAUUUGCCCGCGAUGAGCGCGAGCAGGAGCUUUUGUGGUCGGCGCGGAAGGAGUCCCUAUACUCGCUUCUCGCGCUUCGCAAAGAGGGCGAAGAAUUGUGGAACACUGAUGUCGCAGUCCCACUAAGCUGCCUAGCCGACGUUAUUGUGGCAAGUAAAGAAAAAGCAGCAUCUCUGGGUCUAAACGCCUGUGUAAAAGGCCACCUGGGUGAUGGUAACUUCCAUGAGAACAUCACAUACGACAAUACGAAUCAAGAGGAGUUUGGAAAGGUCAAAAUAGCUGUAAAUAGCAUGGUUAAGCGUGCCAUAGAAAUGGAAGGCACUUGUACAGGUGAGCACGGCAUUGGGUUUGGUAAAAAGGAAGCACUCCGACAGGAAUUAGGCGACCGGACUAUAUUAUUCAUGAAAAUUUCAAGGGAGCCUUUGACCCCCACUGGAUUAUGAACCCAGGGAAGGUAUUUGA